GCACGAGCAGUAGUACUACAAAGGGAAAUCUGUACAGGACAAACAAAACGUGGGCGUUUUACGGAAACAGAUAGUUGUUUUGAUUCUUUUCAUUCUUUCCUUCCCCUUCGAUACAUUGUACUUCUAUGUCCUGAGAGCAAUGACCCUCACCGAUGACGACUCAAGUAUAGAAUAUUCCGAAGACAAAGACAAUGUGGAUUCAUCAAUAAAAUCCAGUACAAAGGCUAUCGACAAUGAUACCGAAGGUUGCCCUGAUGAUCAAGGUCCGUUCAAUAUUGUCCUUGUCGACAUUAGAAAGACGGCUGAACAACGACGUGUUUAUUGCGAAGAAGUUGAGCUUCUGGGUAGUCAGAAAGUGGAGUAUAUGACUUUGUCUUAUCGCUGGGGAGAGAUGAACGAGCAGGUAGUACGAGCUACUGAUGAUUAUGAUGCCCAUGUCACUUCAUUUUUAUUGAAUGAUUUUCUUCGCCUGUGCAGACGAAUCAUGAGGGAACCUGACCUGAAAAAGAUCAAGUACGUGUGGGUGGAUGCCAUCUGUAUCGAUCAAAGAAAUGAAAAGAGUAAGAAGGAUACCAUUUAUCGGAUGAAUGAUAUUUACGAGAACGCAGCAUAUAUUGUUGCCGUACCUGAUUUAAAUAUGCAAUACUGGUUGAAUGUCAGCAAGGCAUAUGCUAGGAUGUGGCAAAAGAUAAAAAAAUACAGAUGGUACAUCUAUUAUGCUAUUACUGAAAAUAUCGAAGGAAUGGAUCGACUGGAUGAAGAGUGGAUGGAUACCCUAGGUAUUCCAGUCGAUGACAAAAGUCGACAUACUCUCAAAACUAGUUUAAAUCUCAAGAGUAAACGAGAUUCGGAUGAUGAAGAAGAAGAAGAGAUGAAUGCAUGCCGCGAAAUAUCAUUCAAAAAAGAUAUUCAAAAUACGGAUGAUUACUAUGAAAACAUGCAAAAUUGGUUAAUCAAGUAUCAGCGUAAUGCAUGGAAGCGAUUGGAAAAGAAAAGAAGAAGACAAAUCCUGAAUGCUCUCGAACACCUAACGGAUUUAUUUGGAGAUUGGGCAAAUCGAACGUGGGUCAUCAGUGAAUAUCAUAUUGCUAAAAAACACAACGAUGGAAAGAUGAAAUAUUGGUUCAUUCAUCUUAAUUCUGAACAUAUUUUCCAUGAUGAAUAUUUUUUCACAUUUGAUUUCAAUGAUCAAAGCAUACCUCCUUCUCAAUCAUUCCGUCGUUUGAUCUAUUUAGCAUACCAUCUUACCAUCAAGAAAAAAAUGAUCUAUCGUUCCUUUGUCGAUAAGAUAUUGAACUCUCGAGCUAGUAGAAAUGAAGAUCGAUUCCAUGCCAUGUUACCUUUGUUACCAAAGUACAACAAGAUCAUACGAACCAAGGAUACCAUCUCUAGUUGGAAUAUCACUGACAUGACAUCCGUCAGAUUAAAACUUUAUGAAAUUUUAGAUCCUAUGGACAAAUUCCAACUAUUUUAUUGUUCCUCUUAUAUGAUCCGUGCCGUUUUACCCACUUUUGCUUCAAACUUUAAUGAAGAAAAUCCCGCUUACACCAUGCGCAUCUUUAUGAAUCAUCCAGUUUCCGAGUAUAAUUUUGAUAUCACUGAUCAUGCCUCGAUCAUCCUGGAAACUCAUCCAUCCUACCAUAUGAAUCAUGAUUAUCAGGGACCGUGUCUUCAUGUGCGUCCAAAGAGAUAUUACAUGUACCAAUCCACCGAAUCAUCAUUGGAAGAGAUGGAUGGACUCAAGAGAUACAAUAGGUCAUUUAGGCAAUUAGGUCUUGAAUGUACACCAGAUUCUUUAACUCUAGUGAAAAUUCUAGCUAUUUUCCGUGAUGAAGAUCAAGAUCAAUAUUGUCCCAAAUUGGCAGUUCGACUUCUUGGCAGUAUAAAAAGGAAUAUUUGGAUAUUAUGUAGUUUUGAUGAUACUAAAUUUGAAUCACAACGUCAUAUCAAUACUGAUUAUAUAUUUCAUGUUUAUUGACCAAAUAAUAAAAAAAAAAA